AUGAAUUAUAAGCCGAAUUUGAAGAUGGAUAGUACCUCUGGGUCAUUUAAAAAAUAAGAAUAAACUUUAUCCUUAGAAAGCACUUAAAAGUCAGAUUUUUCUACUAUUAAUUCAAAACCCAAUUUUGCCAGCAAACCAACCUUCAAUAUUCGCAACCGUUCCACUCAACCAUAAGAAUAAGAACCUUAGUUAACAAGCACUAAAGAAGAUUUCUUUAAAACAGGUUCAUUUUAAGAGAAGGUACCUCUUAAAGAUAGAAUCUAACGAUCAGACGAAAAGAAAAAUACAGCCCCUAUUAAUUAAGGACUUUAUUUACCUGGUUAAGAGGAGCUAUUUAGGAAAUAAAUUUAAGUUGAAAAGAGAGAAAUGUAAUAAACAUAAGAAAAAAAGGAAGUUUAAUAGGUUAAACAAAAUUAAUAAGAUUCCUAUAUGCCAUCAAUAGGUAAUUAGAAUAAAAGAGAAGCAGCAUUAUUAGGUUCAAAAAAUCCAAUUGAAAAUAAAAUUGCAAUUGCAGAUCAAGCCAAAGUGCAAUAACAACUUGGUAUUGAAUAUGGUAAUACAAUUAGAGGAAGCAGAACCAAUUGAAGAUCUUGAAUUAGUUCUUUGUCCUGAGGGUUGUGGAAGACAAUUUAAAUAAGAUGUUUUAGAAAAACAUACUAAAGUGUGUAAAUAGGUAUUUCAAUAGAAAAGAUAAGAAUUCAAUUCUAAAUAAGCAAGAAUAGUGUCAAAUGAUUAAUAAAAAUUAUAAAGACAAGGUUAAAUAAAGGAGAAAUAAUUAUAAAAGAAAUAGGGAAAAGCUCCACUUGAUCCAAAUUGGAAAAAACAAUCUGAAGAAUUGCGUAAUAUAAUAAAAGAAUAGAAGUAAUAGCAAUGA